AUGCCUGAGGCGAAACCAGGGAGGAGGGGCCUGGGGGCCUGGACUCCUGGGUUCUGGAAGAAGAGGGCACCGAGCUCUUGCUCAACGGUGAACAUCUUUUACCUCACAGCGGCCAAAAAGGCCCCCAAAGGCAAAGAUGAGGCCAAACCAGCUCCGAAGGAAGCGCCCCCUAAGGAGGCGCCUGCACAGCCCCCCAAAGAAGCCGCACCUGAGGACCAGUCUCCCACUGCUGAGGAGCCCACUGGCCUUUUCCUGAAGAAGCCGGACUCUGUGUCGGUGGAGAAUGGAAAAGACACAGUGAUCGUGGCCAAGGUGAACGGGAAGGAGCUCCCAGGGAAACCAGCCAUCAAGUGGUUCAAGGGAAAGUGGCUGGAACUGGGCAGCAAGAGCGGGGCCCGAUUCUCUUUCAAGGAGUCCCACGACUCUGCCAGCAAUGUAUACACCGUGGAGCUGCACAUUGGGAAGGUGGUACUGGGGGACCGCGGGAAUUACCGCCUUGAGGUCAAAGCCAAGGAUGUCUGCGACAGCUGUGCCUUCAACAUCGAUGUGGAGGUGCCCCGUCAGGAUACCUUUGGGCAAGGUCUAGAAAGCUUCAAGCGUUCGGGUGAAGGGAAGUCAGAAGACAGGGGUGAGCUGGAUUUCAGCAGCCUGUUGAAGAAGAGGGAGGUGGUUGAGGAGGAGAAGAAAAAGAAGAAAGAUGAUGAUGACCUAGGCAUCCCGCCUGAGAUUUGGGAGCUCCUGAAAGGGGCAAAGAAGAGUGAGUACGAGAAGAUCGCCUUCCAGUAUGGCAUCACGGACCUCCGGGGCAUGCUGAAGCGGCUCAAGAAGGCCAAGGUCGAGGUCAAGAAGAGUGCAGCCUUCACGAAGAAGCUGGAUCCAGCGUACCAAGUGGACAAGGGCAACAAGAUCAAGUUGGUGGUGGAGAUCAGUGACCCAGACCUUCCCCUUAAGUGGUUCAAGAACGGCCAGGAGAUCAAACCAAGUAGCAAGUACGUGUUUGAGAACGUUGGUAAGAAGCGAAUUCUCACCAUCAACAAGUGCACGUUGGCAGACGAUGCUGCUUAUGAGGUCGCUGUCAAAGAUGAGAAGUGUUUCACUGAGCUCUUCGUCAAAGAGCCUCCAGUCCUGAUUGUCACACCACUCGAGGACCAGCAGGUGUUUGUGGGCGACCGGGUGGAAAUGUCAGUGGAGGUGUCAGAAGAUGGCGCCCAGGUCAUGUGGAUGAAAGACGGCGUGGAAUUGACACGGGAGGAUUCCUUCAAGGCUCGAUACCGCUUCAAGAAGGAUGGGAAGCGUCACAUUCUCAUCUACUCGGAAGUGACCCUGGAGGAUGGGGGUCGCUACCAGGUCAUGACCAAUGGCGGCCAGUGUGAGGCCGAGCUCAUUGUGGAAGAGAAACAGCUGGAGGUCCUACAGGACAUCGCAGAUCUGACGGUGAAGGCCUCAGAACAGGCCGUGUUUAAGUGCGAGGUGUCUGAUGAGAAGGUGACAGGCAAGUGGUACAAGAAUGGGAUCGAGGUGCGACCCAGCAAGAGGAUCACCAUCUCCCACGUGGGGAGAGUCCACAAGCUGGUGAUCGAUGACGUCCGCCCUGAGGAUGAGGGGGACUACACAUUUGUGCCCGAUGGCUAUGCCCUGUCCCUCUCGGCCAAGCUCAACUUCCUGGAAAUCAAGGUGGAGUAUGUACCCAAGCAAGAGCCACCAAAGAUCCACCUGGACUGCUCGGGAAAGACCUCAGAGAAUUCAGUUGUGGUUGUGGCCGGAAACAAACUGAGGCUCGACGUGUCCAUCACUGGGGAGCCUCGUCCUGUCGCCACCUGGCUGAAGGAGGAUGAGGUAUGGUCGGGCUUCCCCCGUGCCCUGGCUUCUCCCUCUCAGCUCUGCUGGGUGUUCACGGCCCCCGAGGGCAGGAUCCACAUCGAGACUCAGGCAGACUCCAGCAGCUUCGUGAUCGAGAGUGCCGAUCGGGCGGACGAGGGCCGCUACACCAUCAAGGUCACCAACCCCGUGGGCGAGGAUGUGGCCUCCAUCUUCUUGCGGGUUGUGGAUGUCCCGGACCCCCCAGAGGCUGUGCGUGUCACCUCAGUUGGCGAGGAUUGGGCCAUCCUUGUCUGGGAGCCACCCAAGUAUGACGGGGGGCAGCCAAUCACUGGGUACCUCCUGGAGCGGAAGAAGAAGGGCUCUCAACGCUGGAUGAAGCUGAACUUUGAGGUCUUUACCGAGACGACCUACGAGUCCACCAAGAUGAUCGAGGGCAUUCUCUACGAGAUGCGGGUCUUUGCCGUCAACGCCAUUGGCGUUUCCCAGCCCAGCAUGAACACCAAGCCCUUCAUGCCCAUUGCGCCCACGAGCGAGCCCCAGCACCUGACGGUGGAAGACGUGACAGACACCACCACCACCCUCAAGUGGAGGCCCCCAGAUAGGAUUGGGGCCGGCGGCAUCGAUGGGUACCUGGUGGAGUACUGCCUGGAGGGCUCCGAGGACUGGGUCCCCGCUAACACGGAGCCCGUGGAGCGCUGCAGCUUCACGGUCAAGAAUCUCCCCACAGGAGCGAAAAUCCUGUUCCGGGUGGUGGCGGUCAACAUCGCGGGGCGCAGCCAGCCGGCCGCCCUGUUUCAGCCGGUCACCAUCCGGGAGAUUGCAGAGCCACCCAAGAUCCGGCUGCCCCGCCAUCUCCGCCAGACUUACAUCCGCAAAGUGGGGGAGCAGCUCAACCUCGUCAUCCCCUUCCAGGGAAAGCCGCGGCCGCAGGUGGUGUGGACCAAGGGCGGGGCGCCCGUGGACACCUCCCGCGUGCAUGUGCACACCAGCGACUUCGACACCGUGUUCUUCGUGCGCCAGGCGGCGCGCUCGGACUCGGGGGAGUACGAGCUGAGCGUGCAGAUCGAGAACAUGAAGGACACGGCCACCAUCCACAUCCGGGUCGUGGAAAAGGCAGGGCCCCCGGAGAACGUGACGGUGAAGGAGGUGUGGGGCACCAACGCGCUGGUGGAGUGGCAGCCGCCCAGAGACAAUGGCAACAGUGAGAUCACGGGCUAUUUUGUGCAGAAGGCCGACAAGAAGACCAUGGAGUGGUUCACCGUCUACGAGCACAGCCGGCACACCUCCUGUACCGUGUCUGACCUCAUCGUGGGCAACGAGUAUUACUUCCGUGUCUUUAGCGAGAAUAUCUGUGGGCUCAGUGACUCGCCCGGCGUCUCCAAGAACACGGCCCGGAUCCUCAAGACGGGUCUCACCUUCAGACCGUUUGAGUACAAGGAGCAUGACUUCCGAACACCUCCCAAGUUCCUGACGCCUCUUCCAGACCGCGUGGUCGUGGCUGGUUACUCUGCGGCUCUCAACUGUGCGGUCAGAGGUCACCCAAGGCCGAAGGUGGUCUGGAUGAAGAACAAGAUGGAAAUCCGCGAAGACCCCAAGUUCCUGAUGACCAACUACCAGGGAGUCCUGACGCUGAACAUCCGCCGCCCCUCCCCCUUCGACGCGGGCACUUACUCCUGUAGGGCUGUCAACGAGCUGGGGGAGGCCCUGGCCGAGUGCAAGCUGGAAGUCCGAGUGCCACAGUGAGACCCUGUCUUCCACCUGUCACGAUUAUUGGCUGCUGAGUCCUAACGGGCCUCCCUGAACGCCGUUUCCCUUCCCAGAAUUACCACUGAGAAGAUAAUAGUCUUGUCUACAA